UACCUCCAAAAUACACACGCUUAAUCAAGGGUAAAUGGAUAUGAAGAUGGGAUUGGUUUUCUUCCUCGUUUUCUCACUCUUAUUCCUAAAAGGAGUCUCGGCCAUUAGAAACCCUCGACGCCGCCCAACUAGCCUCUCUCCCGUCCAAACAGACCAUAUAGGUAGUUCUUCCAUAGGCGAACUACGGCUAGAAGUGGAUCAGAUUCUCAAGAGGGAUCAAGCUCGAGUUGAAUACCUGAACAAAAGGAUUAAAGCUGGGCAGUCUAAAGCUCAUAUGAACACAUCCACCGGUUCCAUGCCAUCGGUUGACAAGCAAGAUCAGACCGACUUGAAGCCCGAUCAGCACCAAGGCAAGGCGGCAUAAGCACUCAACCCAUUUAAUUAAUCAUCCCAUGGUUGUUGAAUUGGUACUAGUACUAUUUAUUUUCGGAAGGGUGCAUAUGAACUAGUAUUGUUUGGGAAAGAGGUGCAUGGUGACUACUAUUUCUUUGGCAAAGGUUGUAUAGGAGGUAGAAUUUUGCAUGGUUUGGAGUCUUGAAAAUGUGGUUAGAGAGUUAUUAGUAUUAAUUGUCUAAGGCUCUUUGUAAUUAAUUACAAACAUUCUUGAAAAAUGAAAGAAGUUAAAUUUGAUAG